GCUGUCGGGAUGACAGUUUUGAAAUGAUUUUUGUACACAUUUGGCGGGUUAGUGAGAUUUGUUUAUAUUCCCGGCGUUUAUCGCAGUCUGAUUUAGAUAUUUUGUUACUUAAGUGCGUCAAGUUUGAUGUGUUACAAAAGAAAACAGCGUCAUGAGCAAGCAACAAUCGUUGAAAAGCUUUUUCAACCGGACGAAGCCGCGCUCGGAUUCGAAUCCCGAUCGAAAUGGAUCGAAAUACCCAAAAGAUGCGGAUACUACUUACACCUCUCCUAGUGCCAUUUCGAAAAAACCUCCGUCUACGAUUAAGAAGCCAACUGAUACUGUCGUUCUAGACACAUCGAGUGAUGAAGAAUUAGAAAUAUCUCCAAAGCGAUCAGUUCCAUUCAAACGAAUCGGAUUUCGUACAAAAAGUCCCAGCCAAACAAAUCCUGCAAAAAGUGUUCCAAAAAAAUCGUCGUCUGAAGAAAGUGUUUCAAAGAAAAAAGAAGAGAAAGACGCGACUACUCCUCGCAAAUAUAGUUGGACCAAUAUCGAUAAGGAAAUUAAGGAAGAUUCUAAAUACAAAAUGGCAAUGGAUAGAUUAAACGAAAAUCUUUUGAAGCUUUCACAAACGUCGCCUAAUAAAAAUUUUAUCAAGAAUUUAGACACAUCAUCGUCUCCUGAAGAAGGCAAAAAUAAGAAAUUGAAUUCAUCCUUUCCGGAAGUGGAUGAAGAUUCUAAAUAUAAAAUGGCAACGGAUAUAUUAGAUCAGAAUCUUUUGAAACUUUCACAAUCAUCAGCCAAUGAAAUUUUGAUCAAAAAAGAAACCACAUCGUCCCCUGAAGAAAGCAAAAACAAGAAACUCGACUUAUCUCUUUCCUCAAAUGACAAACAAUCAAAUAAAUCUAGUUUUCAAUUUGAAAUGAAUAAAACCGAAUUGAAAUCCGAAAAUAAGAAAGUAGACAAUUGUAAAAAUGACGAAAAAGUUGUAGAGUUGCAAUCAAGUCUUGAAAGUUCCAGUUCUUCUGGCGUAGAAUCAGAUGUAAGGAGAAAUAAUGGUCCCAAUGAAAGAGAAAAUGGAAUAUGUACUGUGAAAAAUGGGAAGCGCAAAGAGCCACCACCAAUAAUAUUUGACGAUGAAAUGGAAGAUUAUCUUUGCGAUUUAAUGAAGACAUCAGCGUCCGCUUCCAAAAACCAAGACAACGAAAUUGCCAUAAAAGCAAAUCUAGCUUUCUGUAAAUCAACAUACAUUGAACUUCUCGAAAAGUAUUGUUCGAUCGUUGAUCAAAUUCCUGCAGACUAUUUCAAACCAAUAGAAGGUUUCAAAACAAACACAUUUUUGAAAUUGAAGAUAGUCCGACAGAAAUUCAAAGCGAAAAUGAAACUAUCUGAAAAUGCUUUGAAAAAAUUGGAAAAGGAGAAAAAAGAACAAUUGCUAGCGGCGCAAAUUGACGAUUCCAUCUACGACGAAGAGGAGGAGAUCAUGAAUGAGAUUCGUGCGCAGAAGAACCAACAAGCGGACCUUGAGCAACAAUAUCUUGAAGCGUAUGAUUCGGAGCCAGGCAGCAAUGGACAAUUUAGAAGACCGGUGGAUGCAUCUACGGUUACGAAUUUUACAACAAACCUGUCGACAGCUAGAACAAUGUCUUCAAGCAGACCAUCAUGGGCUGAGAUAAGUGCAGCUUCAGAAGCCACUGCCAGUCCGGGAACGAACAAAUCAAACAUAGCUAGCUUGUCUAAUAAUCCAAAAAUUUUAGAUGGUUCAAGGGAAACGUCUUCUCCACAGUUGCUUGUAAGGACAAAGCCCCAGAUGAAGCUCCAACCAACCACUCCCAGCACAGCAAACGGUGGAAGAAAUUACGACCCAUAUGAUAGUGACGAGGAAGUAUCAACUCCGUCGAGUUCCACUUCAAAAUUGAACAAAUCCCUUUUCUGUCAACUAAAUAGCGUUAAAGAUGUUCUUAAACGGACCGAUACGAACACCUUGAAAGAUUUGAAGACAGUAGCAAUCAAUCGAACGCCAAAAAGCUCGAAGGAAGCACUUCAACCAGUUGUUAAGUCUCCGUUGUUUAAUAAAUUCAAUAAGAAAUCUCAAUCGGAUGAGGAAAUUGACGCAGAAGUUGAAAAAUUAAAUGAAGACGAAUGUGAUAUAGAUGACAUCCUGAACAACGUCGAAGAAGAGAGAAUGUUACAAACUGGACGAGGUUCAGAGUAUAACGCAUACAAUUACGAAGUCCUACAAACGGUGGGCAAGAAAACUACGAAACCACAAGAUUCGGUACAGCCUAGAGUUAGUUUUUCAUCGAAUGAAAUGCCUUCUGCAAACAACACUAACAAUCGAGCCCACGAGAACAGCAUAACAAACAGCGGGACUCAAUACAUCGAGCAUAAUGAAACCAUGAUUGAAGUUGACGAAGAUGGCUGGCAGAAAUACAGCAUUGAAGACUUCACUGAAGACAUUACACCUAAAUUCACAACUGCUUGGGAUAUUCAUCAAAACGAGAAAGAGACCCAAUCUAUUAUCGCAAACAUUCCACCCUUAAGCGAUGAUAAAAAGAAGAGCCCCGAACCUGCCGAUGUUUUCCAUCAAAAUCCAACUGGUAGGUUCCAUGGAAAUGUUCAAAAUGACGGAGUCACCGGGGAGUUUGAUGGUUUCAAUUUCGAUCAUUCGGAUCGACUGAGAGACGCGUUUAGUUACUACUUCGGUUUGAAAAAGUUUCGUCCCAAUCAGCUACAAGUUAUCAAUGCUGCCCUACUCAAGCAUGACUGCUUUGUGUUAAUGCCAACCGGAGGUGGAAAGUCUUUAUGCUAUCAAUUACCUGCGGUACUUUGUGAAGGAGUGACAAUUGUAAUAAGUCCAUUGAAAUCGUUAAUUUUUGAUCAAGUAAACAAGUUGGAGUCAUUGGAUGUUUACGCUAAAUCCUUUUCGGGCGAGUCGACGGCUGAUGAGGCUCGAGGCAUUUACGUUGAUCUGGAGUGCACUCCACCUCGAAUUAAGUUGUUAUAUCUAACACCGGAGAAGAUAUCAAGUUCACCGAGAUUACAAGACGCUUUCGAUCGAUUAUAUGAAAAAGGCUUUAUUGCAAGAUUCGUUAUUGAUGAGGCUCAUUGUGUUUCCGAGUGGGGACAUGAUUUUCGACCAGAUUAUAAACGGUUAAGUGUGUUGCGGGUUCGAUUUCCUGAUGUUCCAAUGAUGCUUCUCACAGCGACAGCAACACCACGUGUACGUAUCGACGUUCUGAAGCAAAUGAAGAUAACUCGAUGCAAAUGGUUCAUAUCCAGUUUCAAUCGGGUCAACUUAAAAUACAUGGUUUUACCCAAAAAAGGCGAAUCGACUCUCGGGGAUAUCGAAACCCUGAUCAAAACUAAAUUCAAAACAGCCAGCGGUAUUAUUUAUUGCCUUUCGCGAAAGGAUUGUGAUAAAGUCGCAGCGAAACUAAAACAAAAUGGCAUUAAAGCGGCAAGCUAUCACGCAGGUCUAUCGGAUAGUGUACGAGAGUCCGUUCAAAAGGAUUGGGUCACAAAUAAAUUCCGUGCCAUUUGUGCUACAAUUGCUUUUGGUAUGGGUAUCGAUAAGCCUGAUGUACGGUAUGUGAUUCAUUUCUCGUUGCCCAAGUCAAUGGAGGGGUACUAUCAAGAAUCAGGACGAGCUGGACGGGAUGGAGAGAUAGCGUAUUGUAUACUCUAUUAUAAUUACUCAGAUAUGAUUCGAUUAAAGAAGAUGAUGGAUGCUGAUACCCAGUCCCUGGAAGUGAAGCAAGUCAAUUACACGAAUCUGCAUAGAAUGGUUGGAUAUUGUGAAAACGUCACUGACUGCCGAAGAGCCUUGCAACUUGAAUACUUUGCCGAGCAUUUCACAAGGGAGCAGUGUUUAGCGAAUCGGGAAACAGCCUGCGAUAAUUGCCUCAAACAGAACCAGUAUAAGCAUGUCGACGUUACAGAGAACUGCAAGACAAUAGCGAAUUCAAUCCGAGAAUUAUGCAUUGGACGAAAUCGUUUCACAUUGCUCCAUAUGGUUGAUGUAUACAAAGGUUCGAUGAUAAAGAAAAUUGUCGAGAACCACCACGAUAAAACCCAAUACCAUGGAAUACUGAAAUCAUGGAACCGGACUGAUGUUGAGCGCCUGAUGCACAAAUUGGUCGUGGAUGAAUAUCUUAAAGAGGAGUUGAUUUUCUCCAGAGACAUUCCGCAAGCUUAUAUUCGCUUGGGGCCUAAAAUUGACCAAUUAAUGAGGAAUAAUGCUCAAAUUAAAUUUGCCCUGAAAACAACUAAGGCCCCGAUUGAAAUGGAGACCGUUGCCCCCACCACUAUUACAACAGGCAUUAGCGAUGCCGGAAUAGCUAAACAACUCAAAGAACUCACUGAAAAAUGUUACAAUGACCUUCUCGAUAAAUGUCGAAAUAUUGCUACCGAAAAGAACAUUACAAUGAGCAGCAUCAUGAACAUUGAAGCACUCAAAGCAAUGGCUGAACUUUUACCGGCCACCCCCGAAGAAAUGCAAUCCAUACCACACGUCACGAAAGCUAACUAUCUGAAAUACGGUGAAUCGUUACUCAAUAUUACUCUAAGCUACGCGGCAGAAAAGCUCUGUAUUGUACAAGACUACGAGGAAGCUAAAGCAAUCGAACAACCUGGACCAUCGCGUAUAAUGCCAGGUUCAUCACGACCGAGCGUUACUGUAACCAAUUAUGAUAGCGUUAAUUGGGAAAAAUAUUCAGUCGAAGCUUCGGGAUCAACUACCAGUCAGCGGGGUCGUGGCGGCAAAAGGAGACGUGGUUGGAGUUCGAGUAAAUCACCAGCGAAAAAGCGUCGGUUCAAAGUAAAGAAAAGUCCUGCGAAAGCGCGAGCAUCGCCGAAAAAGAAAUGGAUAGGAAAGAAGGGCGCAGCAGCUAAGACGACGAAGACACCCGUGGCUAGAGCCACGACAGGUUUUGGCUUUUUACCACUUCCUGGCAGUUCGAGGUAGCAUUGUAGAGUUAAGCGUAAUAAAUCUAUUUAUUGUUUUUAUAUAUAUUUUUAUGUCAAGAAUAAAUCAGUUGAAAUCGUA